AUUUAGUAUAUAAUAACUUAUUUCUCCAAAGAAUGCUAGUGGUAUUUUUGUUCUUCGCAAAUUCAUAAUUCGGAUUUUUGUUCCAACUUUCUGUAAUGGUAUUAAAUGGUCUCGAUAAUGCAGUCAAUCAGCUGGAAAACGUAGAUAUUAUCAAAUCAUAAAUAAUGAGGACGUCUAUAAGAGAAGAGAUAAUGUACCAGCGAAAAGCCUAUGAACUGUCGGAAAUGAUCCUUGAUACUGUUUGUGCGGAAUUAGAGGAAGAGCAAAAUGUCCAAGCGCUUUUAGUUGAAAUAGAGAAUUAUAAUUCAGUUAUACAGGCAGAACAAGUUCCUGAAGAUACUCUGGAAGUUCCAGAAGCUGUAAAAACAACAAUAGUGUUAGAAAAUGAAAAUGACAAAACAGUAUCAGAAAUGCUGGACGAUUUGGAAAGAGAAUUAGAAGGAAGAGACGGGUCAACUACAGAAGGAAGAGAAGGGUCAGCUAGAGUAAAGUAUGAUGCCGAUGUUAUGAAAGAUUCGUGUUUUGGCGUUGCCCGUGCAAAAUUCAAUGAAACACAUAAACAACGAUCAGUUUUGGUAUCAAACAUGAUGGACGAUUUGGAAAGGGAAUUAGAAGAAAGAAAAGAGUUAACUACAAAAGAAAGAGAAGAGACAUCUAGAGUACAGAAUGAUGCUGACGCAAUGAAAUCUUCGUGUUUUGACGUUGCCCGUGCAAAAUUCAGCGAAACACAUAAAUUACGAAUAAUUUUAGAAGAUGAUAAAAUAAUGAAAAAAGGAAAAUGCACAGAAAAUGAAGAGAUUGGAGAUAAUAUUAUAGAUGGGGGGUAUUGUUGUCUGUUUGGGGGUUUUGGUCGGUACGACGAGGAGGUCGAUUACAGAUUGAAAAGGUUGAACCAGAUUACUACAGAAGAUUCUGUGUGUCAAGCAAAACCAGAUCCUUUAAAGACAUUUUACAACCUAUUUAACUAUAACUAUGGAAGACCGGUUGAUCAUGGCAACAAAAAUACCCAGAAUACAAAAAACGACAAGACAAAAGACGACAGUAUAAACGAAAAAGUAACAAAAUCCAGAAGAUCAGUUCGCGCAAGACUGGUAUCAUUGUUCUGCUGUGGAAGAAAAGAGGACUAAGAGAUUGUUAUAGUGAUUGUCAAAAUGUGCAAUAAUUGUAGAUUUAAACUUUUCAUCAAUGUGAUUUUUGUAUACAUGUAUUUUAUAUAUAAACUCAAACGUGGUCUGUUUCUCUGUCCAUAAAUGUGUAUUUUUUUCCAAACAUGUUGGGAGUUUUAUUUUGGUUUAAACAAGAUUUUAUUUCUAUUAUAUCAUGAUUAUUUACACUACUGAUAUUGUGGAUCUGAAAACAAGCCAUACCUUAUAUACAUUCAUCUCCAGUUUUAUUUUGAGAUAUAAUGUAGUCUACUUUAUAUAUUGUAUAUGCCCACAUAUGUAUACAUGUCUAUAUAAACAUAAUGUCAGGUGCAUAUUAUAUUUUACAAUUAGUAAAAAAAAGAAAAGAAAACUAUUUGAAUUCAUCUUUGAUAAAUUAUGAUGUAUGGAUGUGUGGGUGUG